AUGGACCGCAACAACCUCUUUAGCAGGCCGGCACACCGUGGGGGAGGGGGAGGCCCGGGUCUUCCUGGACGUCAGGUACAACGGCCGCCGGGAGAUGCUGGGGGAUACCCGCCCGCACCUGGUGGCUACGAUUCGUAUGGAGGGCGUCCGCCUGCGCCCGCAAGGCCUCAGUACCCCUCUGGCGGGGGUGCCGGGUACGAGGCCCGGCAGUCCCAACCGAGGGGGGGAGGCCGACAGGUACGGCUGAGGCUCGCCAAGGUCGAGGACAAGACGUUGCAGGCGCAGUACAUUUUUGGAAAUGUGUGA